CUUCCUUUGGGCCUAAAGCCCUCUAAUCGAAUGUUCUGGGUCAAAACUUUCUAUCGUGUCUAUUUCAUUUGCGUUUUUGAAAUUAUUCAUGGCAUGAAAAAGGUUUGGAUAGAGUAGAUAGUUGUUCCAAGCAAGAUUCUUUAGAAGCAGCAAAGGAAGAUGUUUUUGAGGCUAACUAGAAAUGGCAAAUUUGAAAGCAUUAUCAAAACUUUCAAGCGAUAUAAUUUUAUUGGGAAAGAAUUUGAUUGGUUUGGAAAACCAAGUGAAACAACAAAAAAUGUCAUUCUUUGCUCUGGUCAAGGCUUUCAAUAUGUUGGCAUGUUCCAGAACCUUGAAAGGGAAAAUAGACUUACAGAACCAAUGGUAGAAUUAAUGAAGAUUGCAAAUUCAGUACUUGAAUAUGACAUUGUCCGUCUUUGUGUAGAGGGACCAAAGUCAAAGCUAGAUAAGACUGUCCAAUGUCAGCCAGCAGUAACCCUUGCAAAUUUAGUUGGCUCUGAAUUGAUGAAGAAAGGGAAACCAUGGAUCUUUGAAACUUAUCCAAAGAUUGCUGGUUACAGUGUUGGUGAGAUUGCAGCAUUACACUUGGCAGGCUCAAUAACAGUGCACCAAGCAUUUUCUAUUACAAAAGCAAGAGCUGAAGCAAUGCAGAGAGCAUCUGAGCUUACUGCAUCUGUAUUAUUUUUUGUUCAUGGUUUAUCAAAAGAUGAUCUUCAACAGAAGUGUGACAUGAUCUUUGAGAAGAACAAGGGUCAGAAACCAAAAUUUAAUACAUUUAUAGGCAUUGCCAUAGAUUCGUACCCAAAGGGACAUGUUGUUGGGGCAACUGUUGAUUGUGCAAAGGAUAUUUUGGAGCUUUCCACUGACAAGAUUGAAGUAACAGAGCUACCUGUAAGUGGGGCAUUUCAUACACCAUUAAUGGAGCCAGCACAGGAAAUUUUGUACAAAACCCUUGAGAAGAUGGAUAUCAAAAUGCCAAAGUAUGACCUGUUUUCAAAUGUCACUGGAGAGGUCUAUAAAUCGCCUGAGGAAAUCAAAAGUUUGCUGGUAAGGCAAAUAGCAGAACCAGUUCAGUGGCAGGCAAUUGCUCAACAACUUUAUAAAAAGGCAUCAACAACCCGCACAUGUGAACUUGGAGCUGGCAAUCAACUGAAGGGGAUGUUUGCAAAGUACAAUCGAAAAAUUUUGAGAAAAUAUUUUAGCUAUAGUGUGUAAAUAACUGUUUUCUAUUUUCACUAAUUUUUUUAUGAAAGUUGUGCUAUGCCAAUUUAUACCUUCCUUAGAUCCUCAUGCAAAAUAUGUAAAACAUAUAUAUAACUAUUUA